AUGAAGUUUUCAAUUGUGGUUUUUAUUAAUUUAUUAAUAACAACAGUUGCUAUAUUAUGUGCCGAUGAACGUUGUUUUCAGCAAAAUGUUCACGGUUUUGCAGUACAGGUAGCACAUCCUACAGAUUGUCAUAAAUUUUUUAAAUGUGAUGAAUCCCAUAUUUUACGUGAACAAAAUUGUCCAAAAGGACUUGAAUAUAAUCCAAUUUUGGAAGUAUGUGUAUAUCCUAGUGGUUUUUGUAUGACAAAUAGUACAAUACCAGUCCAAAGUAUUUAUAACUGUUCCUCGCUUGAAGAUGGUUUCCGAAUAGGAAACUAUUACGAUAAUUGCCGAUCUUACAUAACAUGUUCCGAUGGAAUUUCAAAAAUAGAAAUUUGCAGUAACGGACAACUGUACGACUCACGUAGAGGUGAGUGUACUUUUCAAAUUGGGAAUGUAAAAUGUGAAAACAAUUAUAUUUCGUCGCUUCAAACCCCAAAUGUUUUGAAGAAAGAUCAAAUCAUUUUUUAUCCAAAUUUAAAUAACCGUUGUAGAUCUUAUUAUAAAUGUGAUUAUCAAAAUAAUUGUCAAGAGAUUCAUUGUGAAUACCAAAAAGUUUUCGAUGGUUACUCUAAGCAAUGUGAGAAUGAACCACGUAUUUUAUGCGGAACAGAUUUUAACCCAAAUAGUCGACGAAAGCGAAAUGCUCUUGGAAGCUGUUCUGAAAAAAACGAAAAAAGAUUAGGAGAGACUUGCCUUGAUGGGCAAUAUAUACCAGAUGAUUGCUACUGUCGUAAAUUUUAUUUGUGCGUUUCUGGAAUUUGGAGAUUGCAAACGUGCUCCCGAAAUCAGUAUUUCAAUAAAACACAAAAUUUCUGUGUACCAGAUGAUGGUACAUGUGUUGAUGAAUGUGAUCAUGGUGCCUAUAAAGAAGAUGAUCAAAAUUGUGCAAGGUAUUAUUUAUGUGUUAAUGGAAAAUGGAGAUUACAGGAAUGUAGUAUAUACCAAUAUUUUAACAAAGAUUUAAAUUAUUGCGAACCAGACACAAACAACGUAUGUUCUACCGUCAAAACUACGAUAAAGCCUGAUUGCCAUCAUGGUCAAUAUAAAGAGAAUCUUGAAGAUUGUACGAAAUUUUUCCUUUGCUUGAAUGGAAAAUGGCACAAUAAGUCAUGUAACGCAAAUCAGUACUUUAAUGUAGAUAAAAAUUACUGUAUACCAGAAGAUGGAACUUGUAAAACUACAACAACAUCAACUACACCAAAACCAGAAUGCAUACAUGGCGAAUAUAAAGAAUUUCCUGGUGAUUGUACAAAAUUCAACUUAUGCGUGGUCGAUAGAUGGAGAGUUCAACAAUGUUCCGAAAACCAAUAUUUCGAUCCUAUCAAAAAUAAUUGUGUGCGUGACGAUGGUACCUGUCGUUCUACGACAACGUCGUCAACUACACCAAAACCAGAAUGCAUACACGGAGAAUAUAAACAAUAUCCUGAUGAUUGUACCAAAUUUUAUUUGUGCGUUGUAGACAGAUGGCGAAUAAAAACUUGUUCUCAAAAUCAAUACUUCAAUGUAGAAAAAAACUAUUGCAUACCUGAAGAUGGAACAUGUCGCGUAACUCCCACUCCUACCCCAACACCCCAACCAGAAUGUACGCACGGAGAGUAUACAUAUCACCCAACGAAUUGUGUUAAAUUUUUCUUAUGCGUUCUCGGACGUUGGAGAGAACAAUUCUGUUCAAAAGGGCAAUACUUUAAUAAAGAAAAAAAUUAUUGUAUUCCUGAGGACGGAACCUGUAGCUCUACAACUACAACUUCAACUGAACGUCCAGAAUGUAUACAUGGUGAAUAUCGAUCUUAUGAUGAAGAUUGCACUAAAUUUGAACUGUGUGUUCUUGGAUACUGGAGGCUCCACAAAUGCUCUCCUAAUCAAUAUUUUGACAAAACCAAAAAUUACUGUGUUCCAGAAGAUGGAACCUGCAAAACAACAUCCACAACGAAAAGUACUACAACUACAACAACGACAACAACAACACCAACACCAGCUCCAACGACAACUACAUCAACUACAACUACUACAGAAAAACCAGAAUAUGGAACAUGCAGAACCACGACUACCUCUACCACAUCAACCACUACCUCAACAACAAGUACAACGACGCCUUCAACUACAACAUCCACUACAACCACUACACAAAAACCAGAAACAUCGACAACUUCCAGUACGACUACAACCACCCCUUCAACAACAACCACAUCAACCACUACAACUACUUCAUCAACUACUUCUAGCACAACCACGCCAUCAACGACAACAACAUCUACAACCUCGACCACAACCACCACAACAGAAGCCCCAGAAUGUACACACGGGGAAUUUGAAGUAUAUGCGGAAGACUGCGAGAAAUUCUACUUGUGCGUCUAUGGUAAAUUGAGAUUGCAUAGGUGUCCCACAGGGCAAUACUUCAACAAAGAAAAGAAUUAUUGUAUUCCUGAGGAUGGAACAUGUAGAAGUACAACCACAUCAACUUCUUCCACUUCUUCUACUUCGACGCCAUCAACAACAACAACUACUUCAACAAGUACGACAACAACAGAAAAACCAGAAUGUCAACAUGGUGAAUUCCAAGAGUAUCUUAGUGAUUGCGAAAAGUUCUACUUAUGCGUAAAUGGAAAGUGGAGAUUACAUACUUGCCCCAACGGUCUGUACUUUAACAAGGAAAAGAAUUAUUGUAUUCCUGAGGAUGGCACUUGCAGAAGUACAACAACAUCAACUUCUUCCAGUACGACUACUUCCACGCCUUCAUCAACAACAACAACAUCAACAAGUACGACAACCACAGAAAAACCAGAAUGCGAACAUGGUGAAUUCCAAGAGUAUUCUGGAGAUUGCGAAAAAUUCUACUUAUGCGUAAAUGGAAAGUGGAGAUUACACUCCUGUCCUAACGGUCAAUAUUUUAAUAAGCAAAAGAAUUAUUGUAUUCCUGAGGAUGGAACAUGUAGAAGUACAACAACAUCAACUUCUUCCAGCACGACUACUACCACCCCUUCAACAACAACCACCUCAACAACUACGACAACAACAGAAAAACCAGAAUGUCAACAUGGUGAAUUCCAAGAGUAUCCUGGUGAUUGCGAAAAAUUCUACUUAUGCGUAAAUGGAAAGUGGAGAUUACAGUCGUGUCCUAACGGUCAAUACUUUAAUAAGCAAAACAAUUAUUGUAUUCCUGAGGAUGGAACAUGUAGAAGUACAACAACAUCAACUUCUUCCAGCACGACUACUACCACCCCUUCAACAACAACCACCUCAACAACUACGACAACAACAGAAAAACCAGAAUGUCAACAUGGUGAAUUCCAAGAGUAUCCUGGUGAUUGCGAAAAAUUCUACUUAUGCGUAAAUGGAAAGUGGAGAUUACAGUCGUGUCCUAACGGUCAAUACUUUAAUAAGCAAAAGAAUUAUUGUAUUCCUGAAGAUGGAACAUGUAGAAGUACAACAACAUCAACUUCUUCCAGUACGACUACUACCACCCCAUCAACAACCACUUCAACCACUUCAACAACUACGACAACAACAGAAAAACCAGAAUGUCAACAUGGUGAAUUCCAAGAAUAUCCUAGUGAUUGCGAAAAAUUCUACUUAUGCGUAAACGGAAAGUGGAGAUUACACUCCUGUCCUAACGGUCAAUAUUUUAAUAAGCAAAAGAAUUAUUGUAUUCCUGAGGAUGGAACAUGUAGAAGUACAACAACAUCAACUUCUUCCAGCACGACUACUACCACCCCUUCAACAACAACCACCUCAACAACUACGACAACAACAGAAAAACCAGAAUGUCAACAUGGUGAAUUCCAAGAGUAUCCUGGUGAUUGCGAAAAAUUCUACUUAUGCGUAAAUGGAAAGUGGAGGUUACAGUCGUGUCCUAACGGUCAAUACUUUAAUAAGCAAAAGAAUUAUUGUAUUCCUGAAGAUGGAACAUGUAGAAGUACAACAACAUCAACUUCUUCCAGUACGACUACUACCACCCCAUCAACAACCACUUCAACCACUUCAACAACUACGACAACAACAGAAAAACCAGAAUGUCAACAUGGUGAAUUCCAAGAGUAUCCUAGUGAUUGCGAAAAAUUCUACUUAUGCGUAAAUGGAAAGUGGAGAUUACAGUCGUGUCCCAAUGGCCAAUACUUUAAUAAGGAAAAGAAUUAUUGUAUUCCUGAGGACGGAACAUGCAGAAGUACAACAACAUCAACUUCUUCCAGUACCACUACUACAACGCCUUCAACAACAACCACCUCAACAAGUACGACAACAACAGAAAAACCAGAAUGUCAACAUGGUGAUACGACUACUACCACACCUUCAACAACAACUACUUCAACAAGUACGACAACAACAGAAAAGCCUGAAUGUACCCGCGGUGAAUUCCAAGAGUAUCCUGGUGAUUGCGAAAAGUUCUACCUAUGCGCAAAUGGAAAGUGGAGAUUACAUUCGUGUCCUAACGGUCAAUACUUUAAUAAGGAAAAGAAUUAUUGUAUUCCUGAGGAUGGAACAUGUAGAAGUACAACAACGUCAACUUCUUCCAGUACAACUACUACCACACCUUCAACAACUACCACCUCAACAAGUACGACAACAACAGAAAAACCAGAAUGUCAACAUGGUGAAUUCCAAGAGUAUCCGAGUGAUUGCGAAAAGUUCUACCUAUGCGUAAAUGGAAAGUGGAGAUUACAGUCGUGUCCCAAUGGCCAAUACUUUAAUAAGGAAGAAAACUAUUGUAUUCCUGAGGAUGGAACAUGUAGAAGUACAACAACAUCAACUUCUUCCAGUACGACUACUACAACGCCUUCAACAACAACAACCACUUCAACCACUUCAACAAGUACGACAACAACAGAAAAUACAACAACAUCAACUUCUUCCAGUACGACUACUACCACACCUUCAACAACAACUACUUCAACAAGUACGACAACAACAGAAAAAAGUACAACAACAUCUACUUCUUCCAGUACAACUACUACCACACCUUCAACAACAACCACCUCAACAAGUACGACAACAACAGAAAAGCCUGAAUGUACUACGACUACCACCACCCCUUCAACAACCACUUCAACCACUCCAACAACUACGACAACAACUGAAAAACCAGAAUGUCAACAUGGUGAAUUCCAAGAGUAUCCUGGUGAUUGCGAAAAAUUCUACUUAUGCGUAAAUGGAAAGUGGAGAUUACAGUCGUGUCCUAACGGUCAAUACUUUAAUAAGCAAAACAAUUAUUGUAUUCCUGAGGAUGGAACAUGUAGAAGUACAACAACAUCAACAUCUUCCAGUACGACUACCACCACCCCUUCAACAACCACUUCAACCACUUCAACAACUACGACAACAGAAAAACCAGAAUGUCAACAUGGUGAAUUCCAAGAAUAUCCUAGUGAUUGCGAAAAAUUCUACUUAUGCGUAAAUGGAAAGUGGAGAUUACAGUCGUGUCCUAAUGGUCAAUACUUUAAUAAGGAAAAGAAUUAUUGCAUUCCAGAAGAUGGAACAUGUAGAAGUACAACAACAUCAACUUCUUCCAGUACGACUACUACCACCCCUUCAACAACAACUUCAACCACUUCAACAACUACGACAACAACAGAAAAACCAGAAUGUCAACAUGGUGAAUUCCAAGAGUAUCCUGGUGAUUGCGAAAAAUUCUACUUAUGCGUAAAUGGAAAGUGGAGAUUACAGUCGUGUCCUAAUGGUCAAUACUUUAAUAAGGAAAAGAAUUAUUGUAUUCCUGAGGAUGGAACAUGUAGAAGUACAACAACAUCAACGUCUUCCAGUACGACUACUACCACCCCUUCAACAACCACUUCAACCACUUCAACAACUACGACAACAACAGAAAAACCAGAAUGUCAACAUGGUGAAUUCCAAGAAUAUCCUGGUGAUUGCGAAAAAUUCUACUUAUGCGUAAAUGGAAAGUGGAGAUUACAGUCGUGUCCUAAUGGUCAAUACUUUAAUAAGGAAAAGAAUUAUUGUAUUCCUGAGGAUGGAACAUGUAGAAGUACAACAACAUCAACGUCUUCCAGUACGACUACUACCACCCCUUCAACAACCACUUCAACGACUUCAACAACUACGACAACAACAGAAAAACCAGAAUGUCAACAUGGUGAAUUCCAAGAGUAUCCUGGUAAUUGCGAAAAAUUCUACUUAUGCGUAAAUGGAAAGUGGAGAUUACAGUCGUGUCCUAAUGGUCAAUACUUUAAUAAGCAAAAGAAUUAUUGUAUUCCUGAGGAUGGAACAUGUAGAAGUACAACAACAUCAACGUCUUCCAGUACGACUACUACCACUCCUUCAACAACCACUUCAACCACUUCAACAACUACGACAACAACAGAAAAACCAGAAUGUCAACAUGGUGAUUUCCAAGAGUAUCCUAGUGAUUGCGAAAAAUUCUACUUAUGCGUAAAUGGAAAGUGGAGAUUACAGUCGUGUCCUAAUGGUCAAUACUUUAAUAAGGAAAAGAAUUAUUGCAUUCCAGAAGAUGGAACAUGUAGAAGUACAACAACAUCAACUUCUUCCAGUACGACUACUACCACCCCUUCAACAACCACUUCAACCACUUCAACAACUACGACAACAACCGAAAAACCAGAAUGUCAACAUGGUGAAUUCCAAGAGUAUCCUGGUGAUUGCGAAAAAUUCUACUUAUGCGUAAAUGGAAAGUGGAGAUUACAGUCGUGUCCUAACGGUCAAUACUUUAAUAAGCAAAAGAAUUAUUGUAUUCCUGAGGAUGGAACAUGUAGAAGUACAACAACAUCAACGUCUUCCAGUACCACUACUACAACGCCUUCAACAACAACCACCUCAACAAGUACGACAACAACAGAAAAACCAGAAUGUCAACAUGGUGAGUUCCAAGAGUAUCCUAGUGAUUGCGAAAAAUUCUACUUAUGCGUAAAUGGCAAGUGGAGAUUACAGUCGUGUCCUAACGGUCAAUACUUUAAUAAGCAAAAGAAUUAUUGUAUUCCUGAAGAUGGAACAUGUAGAAGUACAACAACAUCAACGUCUUCCAGUACCACCACUACCACCCCUUCAACAACACUUCAACCACUUCAACAACUACGACAACAACAGAAAAACCAGAAUGUCAACAUGUGGAGAUUACAGUCGUGUCCUAAUGGUCAAUACUUUAAUAAGGAAAAGAAUUAUUGCAUUCCAGAAGAUGGUACGUGCAGAUCUACCACAACAACGGUUAGCUCUAGUACAACUACAUCAACUCCGUCAACGACGAGCACGUCUACUAGUUCAACAACAACUUCUACCGAAAAACCUGAGUGCCAACAUGGCGCAUUUGAGAAGUACCCAAAUGAUUGCGAAAAAUUCUACCUGUGUGUGAACGGAAAGUGGAGAUCUCAAAGAUGUCCUAAUGGGCAAUAUUUUAACAAAGAGAAGAACUAUUGCAUUCCAGAAGAUGGUACGUGCAGAUCUACCACAACAUCCACUAGUUCUAGUACAACUACAUCAACUCCGUCAACGACGACUACGUCUUCUAGUUCAACAACAACUUCUACCGAAAAACCUGAGUGCCAACAUGGCGCAUUUGAGAAAUACCCAAAUGAUUGCGAAAAAUUCUACCUAUGUGUGAACGGAAAGUGGAGAUCUCAAAGAUGUCCUAAUGGGCAAUAUUUUAACAAAGAGAAGAACUAUUGCAUUCCAGAAGAUGGUACGUGCAGAUCUACCACAACAUCCACUAGUUCUAGUACAACUACAUCAACUCCGUCAACGACGACUACGUCUUCUAGUUCAACAACAACUUCUACCGAAAAACCUGAGUGCCAACAUGGCGCAUUUGAGAAAUACCCAAAUGAUUGCGAAAAAUUCUACCUAUGUGUGAACGGAAAGUGGAGAUCUCAAAGAUGUCCUAAUGGGCAAUAUUUUAACAAAGAGAAGAACUAUUGCAUUCCAGAAGAUGGUACGUGCAGAUCUACCACAACAUCCACUAGUUCUAGUACAACUACAUCAACUCCGUCAACGACGACUACGUCUUCUAGUUCAACAACAACUUCUACCGAAAAACCUGAGUAUGGUACGUGCAGAUCUACCACAACAUCCACUAGUUCUAGUACAACUACAUCAACUCCGUCAACGACGACUACGUCUUCUAGUUCAACAACAACUUCUACCGAAAAACCUGAGUGCCAACAUGGCGCAUUUGAGAAAUACCCAAAUGAUUGCGAAAAAUUCUACCUAUGUGUGAACGGAAAGUGGAGAUCUCAAAGAUGUCCUAAUGGGCAAUAUUUUAACAAAGAAAAGAACUAUUGUAUACCAGAAGAUGGUACGUGCAGGUCCACUACAACGUCAACCACCUCAACUACAACCACGGUAAUUCCCCAAUGUCAACAUGGGAAAUUUCAGGACUAUCCUGAUAAUUGUGAAAAAUUCUACGUGUGUGUUAAUGGAAAGUUAAAAUUGCAAACUUGUCCAAUUGGUCAAUAUUUUAACAAAGUCAAGAAGCACUGUAUACUUCACGACGGCACUUGCGGUUCUACCACAUCAUCUACCACAACAAAUGGACCUCAGUGUAUACAUGGUAAAUUUAGAGGCCAUUCAAACGACUGUGAAAAAUUUUAUUUGUGUGUAAAUGGAAAUUGGAGAAUGCAAAAUUGUCCUAAUGGUCAAUAUUUUAACAAGCAAAAAAAUUAUUGUGUACCAGAAGAUGGAACUUGCAAAACUACUUCAUCAACCAGCACUUCAAGCACAAUAACAUCGUCAACUACAACUACAGAAAUCCCACAAUGUCAACAUGGGAAAUUUCAGGACUAUCCUGAUGAUUGCGAAAAAUUCUACGUGUGUGUUAAUGGAAAGUUGAAAUUGCAAACUUGUCCAAUUGGUCAAUACUUUAACAAGGUCAGAAAGCAUUGUGUGCCACACGACGGUACUUGCGGUUCAACCACAUCAUCUACAACAACAAAUGGGCCUCAGUGCGUGCAUGGUAAAUUUAAGGACCAUUCUGGUGAUUGUGAAAAAUUUUAUUUAUGUGUAAAUGGAAAGUGGAGAAUGCAAGUUUGUCCUAACGGUCAAUACUUUAGCAAACAAAAAAAUUAUUGCAUACCUGAAGAUGGAACAUGCAAACCUGGAACACAUUCCACCAUGAGCACAACCACAGCAAAUCCAGGAUGCGUGCAUGGAAAAUUUGAAGAAUACAUUGGAGAUUGUACAAGAUUCCAAUUAUGCGUUCAUGGAAAUUGGAAGAUCCAGAUUUGUCCAUCGGGACAGUAUUUUAACAAAAUCUUAAAGCAUUGCGUAGUUGAUGAUGGCUCAUGUCAUGGUGGUAUGACUACCACUUCGGAAAAACCCAGUCCGAAUUGCAUACAUGGUCAAUAUAGAGAAGACCCAGCUAGUUGUUUUAAUUUUUAUUUGUGCGUAUUAAAUGUCUGGAGACAUGAAAUUUGCCCGGAAGGUCAAUAUUUUAGUAAAGAGAGAAAUGUUUGUAUUAUAAAUAAUGGAUCUUGUAGCAGAUGUAUUCACGGUGAAUACAAAGAACAUGAGCUGGACUGUUCUAAAUUUCAUUUAUGCGUAAAAGGAAUUUGGAGAGAGCAAAACUGUUUACCUGGUCAAUACUUUAACAAAAAAGCAAACUUUUGUAUUCCAAACGACGGAUCUUGUUCUCACGGAAAAAUUGGAGGGAUUCAUCAACCAGUUUAUAGAAGCCAUAAAAUGAAAAAUUCAAAUAAUCUUUGCUUAGGAAAGUCGUGGGGAACAUCCGUGCCACAUCCGAAUAGUUGUAAAAAAUAUAUUUUAUGUCUUAAUCGACCAACAAUAAAAACCUGUAAAGAGAGUAUGUAUUUUGAAUCUAAAAAUGCGAUGUGCGUGACUAACAAAGGAGAAUGUCUCGAGUAA